UGGCUUAUUCAAAUCCCAUGGCACCCGACCAUUCAAGGCCAGCAGUGCAUUUGAAAUGAGCCUGUGUGUAAUUCCUGGCUGGAGUGUAGAGGUGGACUGCUACACAAUUAUCUUUUUGUUCCUUGAUGGUCAAGCGAGGGAGUUCUCUGGUGUUGCAAGAAAUCAAAAACAAGGGCACAUAACUGUGGAUGUGGAAGGAGCUCCGUUCAUGCUGUUAGGAAAUCUUUUACUUGCUGACUAAAAGGCAGGCUGUUUGCUGGAGAACAAUCAGUGUGUUCUUAAGAGGAAAGCCAGAGGAUAGUUCCUGGUAGCUGUUCUCUCUGAGCAGUCUUGGUGGAGUCUCUCCUCAUUCACUUCUCAUUAUGGAGCCCAACAGUCCCAAGAAGAUUCAGUUCGCUGUGCCUUUGUUUCAAAGCCAGCUGGACCCACAAGCAGCCGAACAGAUCAGAAAAAGAAGACCCACGCCAGCAACACUGGUUAUUUUCAAUGAUCAGUCACCACCAGAAGCAGAUGAACAGAGGACAACAAACUCACAGGGACAAGCAAAGAGUGCUGAGAUGUCUCCCAAGCAAAGAAAGCAGAGUGUGUACACCCCACCCACUAUGAAAGAGCUUCAGCUGGUGGUGGAGCAGCAUCUUCAGAGGCAGGAGCAGCUGGAGCCAGAUUACUCAGAAUGUGACCCCAGCUGUUUAGACCAGCUCAGUCCAAUGACAAAUGAGUGCUGUCAUGGCAACGGAGCCCUCCUGACCGCUACAGAAUGGGGCACAUGCAACUUCCCUGAACCCAAUGGCAGUGAGCCUUGUGUCAAACUGCUACUCAGUACUGCGGACCACCCAGACAGCAGCUGUACUGGGGGAGAACCUUCUGAGACUUCACAACUUCACAACAGCAGUAUGGAAAGCUAUUGUAGCCGUCAUCAGCCUCUUAACAACUUAGCACCAACUCAAGUGUGUUAUCUCAUCUGUUGUGUUUCCCAUUACUAGAAUGGUGUCAGUAUUUAAAGUUUACUAAUAACUACAAUUUUACCAUCAUUACAUUUUAGUUAAUAUAAUAAAAGGUUUUACCUCUCACUUGUCUUUAUAUUAUUAUUAUUACACAACUUCUGUACUGCAUUUUCUGUUCCAGUUACACUAUAAUCACAGUGUACUGUACACUACGCAUUUAUUAUGGCAACUGAUGUUUUUCUGUGUUUUAUGCAGAAAUUACUGUUAAUUAACUGCAUUGGUAUUUUGUAUUAACCUCUUAAAAUAUAGUGCGAGUAGAACUGAAAUUUAAUCUUAGCAGUAGAUUCUAGAUUUUCAAUACCUACAGAAUUAAAAGAAUAAAUGUUUACACUUCUUGGGUGAGUUUGUGAUAAACUGUAUCCAGAAAAUGGAAUAGCAGUGAUAUAAUUAACUACAUUGAAUUUAAAAAGAAGAAACCUUGAAAAAAGAGCAGGAGUUCACCCUGGAGAGCAAAGUUCUGUAAUAAUAUUAACAAUAAAGAACAUUGUUGUUGAAAAAACAACACUAAAAUCUUGUGUCCAUAGACUAUUAGGAAUGCAUUGCACUUUGUGCCACUAGCCCAUUAUGCUCUGAUUAAUGCCUUUGCAAUGUAUUCAUCUUUACACUGAACAAAGAAAAAAACUGCGGCAUAACACUAAAUCCAAUGUUAUGAAAAAUGCAUGUGGGACAUAACAGCAGGCCUAAUUUCUCUCUGGAACCUGGUUGGUUGCAGAUUCUGUGCACUAGCCUGUUAACUAGUUAAUAUACCAAAAGCAAUGAAGCAUGAAAUUAACUUUAGCGAUCAGAAUCAGGACUGAACUAAAUCCGAAUCACAGAAGGAGUGGGCUCACUUAAUGAACGCUUUUAGGUAGGAUUGUUUUGGGUUUUUUUUAUGGAUAUUUAAGUGGAGACAAUUUUCUGCUUUUCCGUUCCAGGCUAACAGUUCUUAACCAUACAUAACCCAAUUGUUUCCUAAUCCAAAUAUAAGUAUAGUCAUCUUUCUAGACAUCAAGAAUGAAUUAGAACGAUUAAAGCCAUGAGUUCAGGUGCUUGAAAAUCUCUGGGCUAUUCAAUUACUUUUAACAGUGGCAGAUGUAAAUAGUGACACUUGCACUACUUCGACAACUCUAGAUGACAGAGAAGUGCAUUGUAAUAAAACUGGUGUUUUACUGUGUUUUAUGCAGACAUUACUAUCAAAUAACCUCAUUGGUACUUUUUAUUAACCACUGAGGAAUAGGGUCAGUAGAAUUAAGGAUUAGGUUUACAAUUAAGGUUAAGGUUAUAUGGUGCAAAAAGAUUUACACAUUAAGUACAUUGUAACUAUGCCUAAUAACAUUGUAAUUAUGUCUAAGUACACAUGUAUUUACUAAGUAACUACUAUGUAAAUACACAGUAAUUAGAGACACUUAGGGGCUGGUGUAAGGUUACGUGCAAAGUGAUUUUGAAAUGUAGUCAAAUGAAGAAAAGAGCAUGGAAUUGGGCAGGGAAUUGGAAUACUGAACAGGUACAAACAUUAUAAUGAGAUGUAAAGAUUUUGAGGAGAAGGGCAAGAUGGAGAAGACCCCGCAUAUUCAAACCCAAGUUUGUUUGGGAUGGGUUGUCCUCUCCGCUUGCCUCUCCAGCGGUGUCAGCUGUGAUGGGGAUGGCGACCCUCCUCCUGUUCCUGCUGCAUGCCUGUGCUGCGUAGCGAGUUUCACUUUUGUUCGCCACCGCAGGUCCUGCCACCUUUUCAUCACCUGCGUGACUGUCCUCCUGGUAACACCAACAGCAUUGACUUUCUCCACUGGAGGACCAUAUUGGCCUCUUUGGUAACAUAACUGAUGUUGACUGAGGCUUUUUCAAAUAACUUGAUUUCAUGCUGAGUGACCUUAGCCGACUAUCAGCUCCACCUCAGAAAACAUUUAUUUUCUUUUCCAUGCGCCCAGAGGACUUUGCUGCCCUUCCUAUGACAUUUGGUUUGCUUUUUGUGCUCCACAAAUCUCAUAUAGCGCCUACUGCUCUCUGUUCUCCUAACUCACCUAACCUCUGAGCUGUAAGUGCAGCCGCUAAAUAUCCCGAUGCACAGGUGGCGCUCACUGCGACCCUCAUCAUCAUGAUUGCGGCUCAAUAUUUGUGCGUGUUGAGUAAUUUGCAUUGCUCUUAAGCUUACAUUGGCCGCAGUGUAAAAUAAUUGCCUGGCCGCUAGGCAAUUUGGAUUUUGCAGCCACAAUUGUUUGCACUGCGCCUAUCCUUACAUCAGCCCCUUAAUGUGCUACCUUAAAAUGUAAUCUUCGGAAUAGACCAAAAAUUCUAUAUUUUCAAUACAUAAUAAUAAUAAGAAGAAAUGCUUAUACUUCUUGGGUAGGUUUAUUAUGAAUAUCAUCCAGAAAAUGAAAUAACAUCCUAUGUGAGGGGCUCCCGAGUGGCGCAUCCAGUAAAGGCGCUCCGUGUGGAGUGCAGGAUGUGCCCUAUAGUCUGGACGUCGCGAGUUCGAGUCCAGACUAUUCCUUUGCCGACCGAGGACGGGAGCUUCCAGGGGGCGGCGCUCAAUUGGCCAAGCGCCGCCUGGGGGAGGGAGGGUUAGGUCGGCCAGGGUGUCCUCGGCUCACCACGCACCAGCGACCCCUGUAGUCUGGCCGGGCGCCUGCGGGCUUGCCUGUAAGCUGCCCGAGAGCUGCGUUGUCCUCCGACGCUGUAGCUCUUGGGUGGCUGCAUGGUGAGUCCGCAGUGUGAAAAAAAGUGGUCGGCUGACGGCACACGCUUCAGAGGACAGCGUGUGUUCGUCUUUGCUCUCCCGAGUCAGCGCAGGGGUGGUAGCAGUGAGCUGAGCCUAAAAAUAAUUGGCCAUUCCAAAUUGGGUGAAAAGAAUAAAAAAUAAUUGGCAACGACUAAAUUUAAAAACAAACAAACAAAAAAAAACAUCCUAUGUGAGAAUUUACUUAAAUCCAUUUAAUUUAAAAUGAGUAAACGUUACUGUGUUUAGGUUUGAAAAAGAGCCUAUUCGUGGUCGUCAUUCCAAACAUCCUUCCAUGAGGGUGUUUGUACUCUUGUGUUAACUUGUGGAAUGACCUGUGUUUUUGUUGAGGUGCCACAAUAUGUGGAUCCUUGCUAUCUUUGUGAAAAUGGAAACCAAAAAAAUAAAUAUAUAUUUUCACCUCCAUGUUACUUCUGGGGAAUGAAGAUGAAUUAGGCCACCUUAUAUUAGAGAAAUUCACACUGUGUUUUUAACAUACAAUAUCAGCAUAACACAAUCAAAUGCAGCUAAUAUGAGAAAGCUUCAAUGUUUCAUCCUUUAGGGAUCAAUCUUGUAUUUAUUUAUAGCUGCAGCAUAGCGCCAGUUUGCUAGAUUUCAGUCAUUGGAUGUGUAGAUUUAUUAGGGGUUUUAAUGUAUUACA